AUACAUGGCGUAAAUUGCAGAAUUCAAGUUUUCUUAAUAAUCAUUUUGAAAAAAUUAUGAGUUAAUAUUAUUUCAAAGUAAAGUAAAUUUUAUAAAACCAUGGCGUUGGAUUUGGUCAGCAUUGCCCAGCCUCACUAUAUACCCGGUUACACGGGCCACUGUCCAGAAUAUAAGUAUCGUAUUGGUGAUACAUAUGGAUCUACCACUCACAAGAUCCUCCUGGACCCCAGCGUCAACCACUCCGAGAGGCUCGUUUUAUCAGACAGGACUGCUGAUGAUUUCCAGGUAUAUCGUCCGCCGCAAGCUGCAGUUGAUGUCGUUAACGCAAGAUUCCGUAACGGCGACCCAGUGUACAAACAUCCGAUGAUACCAGGAUACGAAGGAUUCUUACCUCGGCUGAACGCACAUUUUGGUCAGCGCUACACGGUCUCUGCAACGGAGGCUCUAUCGGAAUUUCAAAAGUCACAGUUGAACCAGCGAGCCGGGCGGAAUCAGCUAGAAAGAGUCGUGGACUUGCAAGCAAGUAAAGGACAACCGUGGGAUCUUGUUGACAGAUUUUCGGCUACUGCGGAAUUUAAGCUGCCCUUAGUGGUGGUGAGACCAGAAUGUGCAGGAAUAUUGAGAGAUGUACCAAUGGAUGAGCCGAAAUUAUUGCCUCCCUCCCAUUCUAUUAGCCCUUACUUCAUGGAAAAUGAUAAUCCGGAUAAGUUUAUCAAGAAAGGUUUUGCCGGACAUGUACCCUACGGCUUCCAAAGAUUUGGCGAAUCGUCUAAAAAGCUGAGUAACUCGGCUCUUUGUGACUUUUCGUCUAACUACAGACGAAGACAGAGUACUGAAUGGGCUCCAGUAAAUGUUGUCAAGCCUGACCCUCCAUUGUCCAUCAAUCCAACGGAGAUCUAUCACAAGCACGUCGGGAUGUUGCCGAACUACGCGGGUCAUGUUCCUGGAUGCGUAUUUAGAUUUGGUAAAACGUAUGGAAAUGAUACACGGGACGCGAAAAGAUGGCUGCGUGGUGAUUUUACGUCCUGAUUUUUUUUUAUUGAAUUUGUGAAUCAAAUAGCCAUU